GACCCACUUUCGCCGAGCGCCGGUGUUGGUUUGAAUUGGCGGCGCGCGGGGGGACCGUUUAGUUCAGGUGGAGGAGCCCACAUUCUCUCGUGCCCCGGCCGUGCGCGCCUAAAAAUGCUGGAAACCGAGUUGGCACUCACGCAAUGAAUCCCGCCAACGAGACCAGAGCCGGGAGAAGUACGGAACACUAUAUUUUCGCGGCCGGGACGUACAAACUUCUCGCCUUUACCAUCGGAACCAUCGGGGUGUUCGGCUUCUGUAAUAACGUGGUGGUCAUCGUGCUCUACUGUAAAUUCAAGAAGCUUCGCACGCCGACCAAUUUGCUGCUCGUCAACAUAAGUUUGAGUGAUUUUCUGGUGUCCGUCAUCGGGAUAAACUUUACCUUUGCUUCGUGCGUCAAAGGCAGGUGGAUAUGGGGCCAGGCGACCUGCGUCUGGGACGGUUUCAGCAACAGCCUGUUCGGCAUUGUCUCCAUCAUGACUUUGGCCGCCCUGGCCUAUGAGCGCUACAUCCGGGUGGUCCACGCCCAGGUGGUGGACUUCCCGUGGGCGUGGCGGGCGAUCGGCCACAUUUGGCUGUACUCGCUGGUGUGGACGGGGGCCCCUCUGCUGGGAUGGAACCGCUACACUUUGGAGAUCCACCAGCUGGGCUGCUCCCUGGACUGGGCGUCCAAAGACCCAAACGACGCCUCCUUCAUUCUCUUCUUCCUCCUGGCGUGUUUCUUUGUUCCAGUGGGUAUCAUGAUCUACUGCUAUGGGAACAUCCUCUACACAGUACGGAUGCUGCGCUCCAUCCAGGACCUCCAGACGGUUCAGAUCAUGAAGAUCCUGCGCUAUGAGAAAAAAGUAGCCGCCAUGUUCCUCCUGAUGAUCUCCUGCUUCCUGGUGUGCUGGACGCCCUACGCCAUCGUGUCCAUGAUGGAGGCCUUCGGCAGGAGGAGUAUGGUCUCCCCCACGGUGGCCAUCAUCCCCUCGUUCUUUGCCAAGUCCAGCACGGCGUACAACCCCCUCAUCUAUGUCUUCAUGAGCAGAAAGUUCCGGCGCUGUUUCCUGCAGCUGCUCUGCUCCCGCCUCUGUCUGAGGCUCUCCUGGCUGCAGCGGAACCUCAAGGAGCAGCCCCUGGCCCCGGUGGAGCGGCCCAUCCGGCCCAUCGUGAUGUCCAGCACAUGCGGCAGCAGGGAGCGCCCCAAGAAGAGGGUCACCUUCAACUCCUCCUCCAUCGUCUUCAUCAUCACCGGCGACGACUUCCGGCACCUGGACGUCAGCUCCAGAGACGGGGAGUCCUCACAGGGCAACGUCAUCCAAGUCAGGCCGCUGUGAACCACAGGAACUGGACUUUCCCCCCCCGCCACUCAGUAUGCCUUAUGACCUAUCAUGCAAAAUUCCAAGCCAAAACGAUCCCGCCUGACCUCCCUGGAUGUUUCUGCGUCUGCACGCAGCUCCAGGCUUUUUACAGCCGAGUGUAAAUAUCCAACUUUCAAGUCCCGAGAUCUCCGACCAGACCUGUUCGAAUAGUGUGAAAGUGUGACACCCUCACAGCUGUGGUGACCUUUAAUACUCCAUGAUGUAGUGAACAGCUAGUAGGUUUCCUCUGCCAUGCAGUCACGUUCCCGCUGUAGGACUGUGUUGAGUGUUUACAGGCCAGUUACGGAUCUAAGUUUGGAUAAGCGAGCGAUAGCAGAUUGUCUUUUUCUUUCUUUGUUUGGUUGGUAGCCAACUGCAAGUGUGUAAAGCCUUAGCUUUUUAGCCAUAGGACAUAGUGACUGUGUAUGCGUUGGGAAUAGAGAUCCUAUUUCAGGCUACCUGGUUUGUGCACCUUAUCUCGUCUCAUUUCAGUCAUCGCAUCCCAUGUGACAGGAGUAGUCACUGUGAAAUGGCAUUCGGUGGAAUUAUAUGUAUGAGCACUACAGGAGUGUAAUUAGUUGAAAGGGGGGGGUGGGGGGUAGUGAGAAUGGGGGAGUCUGCACUGUCGAGUGAGACACUCUGUAACCUCCCGGGCUGGUCGGCUAAGAAUAGACGUGGUGAAUCUAAUAACGGUGAAGCUAAUAAAAAAAAUAAAAAAUCCUUUUCACUGUG